AAACAAUGUUCUGCUUUGCUCAUAACAACUCUAAUCAAAGCAGUACGACUGGCAAGUGGGUCACGUCAAACACAAACUGCACUCAGAGGACGUUCAAGUAAAAAGCCUGAAAUUAGCCGAGGAUGGCCGCGCUGCAGUUCAUGCUGUUUCUCUUCAUCGGACUCCAGAGCUUUGAUCUGAAUGCAGGGGCCUUGCAACGUGUUCCAGACGCCACAAGAGCCACCGGGGACGUCUGCAAGGACUGCACUCAAAUGUUCGAACUCCUUGAGGACCUGCUCUCCAGUGCAGACCUGCAGAAAAAGAUGAUAGAUGGCAUUGAGACUCUGUGUGACCACCUGCCCGGCCCACCCAGCAUGGCCACUCUCUGCAGGAAAGAGGUGGAGAAGAUGCUUCCACUGGCCUUCGCCUUCAUAACUGGAUUGGUAAAACCAGCGGAGGUCUGCAAACUGAUUGGACUCUGCGGCUCGUCUUGUGACAGACGGGAGAAGAUACUCGGCUAUUUUGCCGAGCAGGCCCUGCAGGCUGCUGUGACGAGCCAAAAUGGGCGGCCCACGUCAGCCUGCUCCUUCUGCCUGUUCCUCCUCAAAACGCUGGAGGACCUGCUGCCUAUAGAAAGGACGGAGGCAGAAGUGGUCAAGUUGCUGGACGAGAUUUGUCACAUUUUGCCCUCGGUCUACCACGACGAGUGCAUGACCUUCAUAGACCGGUUUGGCAAGACGGUGCUGGACGAAAUCACAAGAUUCGCGACGCCCCGGGCCAUCUGCUCCCUCCUCCACCAGUGCGACUGGCAGGACGCUGCCGUGGCAGUCUCAGACCCGUGCACUGUGACGACAUACAGGUGCAGAGACGUCUCGACUGCCCUCAGAUGUGGAACUCUGUUCUACUGCCAGAGAUUUGCCUGGAAGCCGCUCGACAGCAACACGCUCUAAAAUGUGAGGACGGGACUGAAAAUAUGAGCCAUCGCCUCUGUGACGAUCUUUCAACAUCAGACUGUAACCACCUGUCACAGUCUGUACUUUCACAUACUGAUUUAGGACCUUACUGUAGAUUUAGAGAUUUAAGAAGAAGACAUUGUAUCAAAAUGUUAAAUGCUUACAUUUAAACAAUGAAGCUGUAAACUUUUCACUGUUUUCCAUUUUAAUUAGGGUUUCUGGUUAGAUUUUUGUACUUAGUAAAAUUAAUUUUUCAUCUGCUUUUAUUAAAGAUAUCAGGCAAAUGAUCUCAAUGGA